AUCCAUAUUCAGCACACCAACAUCAACAUGGCUCCUCCUGUCGCCGACAUCGAUGUACAGACUGCUCCUGUGGUGGUUCCUGUUCCGACCAAAGGAUCCAUCGCUCCCGGACACAGCAGCGCCUCUAGGCUUUCGGGGCCCUUGACCUACUCGGGCACUCUCGACACCUAUGAGCAUUUCGAUGUCACGAAUGUAAUCGGUCGCGAGUUCCCCAACUUGCAACUGAGUGAGAUCCUACAUGAUGACGAUAAAAUCCGUGAUCUCGCCAUUCUCGGUAAGCUCAUUGGUGGUUUCUGCAGCCGUGGUUCUUCGACUGACACCAGAAAAGUUUCCCAACGAGGCGUCGUGUUCUUCCGCAACCAAGAUCUAAGCAUUGACGACCAGAAGCUCUUGGGUCAAAGACUUGGUGAGUUGACAGGAAAGCCUGAGACGUCCAAGCUCCACAAGCACGCCCUUGCCAACAGCAAGCGCGGUAUUGCCGUCGAUGAGAAUGGCAAGCUCGACGACGAGGUUUCUGUCAUCUCGUCGGAGCAGAAUCGCAAGUACUACGCCGAUCGUUAUGGCUAUACUGCAAAGAGACUGGCGAGUGAGGGCUGGCAUGCUGACAUCACGUUCGAGCAUAUCCCUUCCGACUAUGCCAUCCUCAAGAUUGUGCAGCCUCCCGAAGAUGUUGGCGGAGAUACCCUCUGGGCCUCCGGCUAUGAGGUGUAUGACCGUUUAAGCCCUGCGCUUCAGAAGUUGGCCGAGAGCCUGACUGCGACGCACCAUCAGCCCAACUUUGUCAGGGUCAAAGAAGCCUUCGGUGCUGAGCUGAUUGAUCAGUUCCGUGGUGCUCCGGAGAAUAAUGGGCUGGAUUUCAAGGCUGAGCACCCUGUUGUCCGCACCAACCCAGUCACCGGGUGGAAGUCUCUCUUCGGAGCCGGCCACCAAGUGCAUGCCGGUUGGAUCAACGGCGUCACGGAGCGUGAGAGUGAGAUUCUCAAGGCUUAUUGUAGGUUCUUUCAAAAUAUGAAGGUAUCAUCGUGUGCUGUUGCUGACCGACGAAACAGUUUACCAACUCAUUUCUGA